AUGGCCUGGGGCUGCAGCCAGAACCUGUCCACUGGGGGCCCGGUCAUCCUGCUGGGCUUCCCGGGGGGCCUGCACAUGGGGCUCUUCCCGGUCACCUACAUGUUCACGGUGGCCGGGAACCUGGCCAUCCUCUCGCUGCUCGGGGCACACCGGCGCCUGCAGACGCCCAUGUACUUUUUCCUCUGCAACCUCUCUUUCCUGGAGAUCUGGUUCACCACGGCCUGUGUGCCCAAGAUUCUGGCAGUCUUCGCCUUGCGCAGCGGAGCCAUCUCCUUCUCAGGCUGCGCUGUGCAGAUGCACUUCGUCUUCUCUCUGGGCUGCAUCGAGUACUUCCUGCUGGUGGCCAUGGCCUACGACCGCUACCUGGCCGUCUGCCUGCUGCGGCGCUACGGCAGCAUCAUGAUGCCCGGGCUCUCUGGCCACCUGGCCCUGGGCUCCUGCUGCGGCUUCUCGGCCAUCGCCGUGCCCUCGGCCCUCACCGGCCGCCUCUCCUUCUGUAGCUCGCGGGUCAUCAACCAUUUCUUCUGUGACAUCGCGCCCUGGAUCAUGCUGUCCUGCAGCGACAUGUGGGCAGUGGAGCUAGCGUCUUUCGGCAUCGCCUUCUGUGUCAUCCUGGGCUCCUGCGUCAUCACGCUGGUCUCUUACGCCCACAUCGUGGUCGCCAUCGUCAGGACGCCCUUGGCGCAGGCCCGGCACUGGGCCUUCUCCACCUGCUCAUCACACCUCACGGUGGGCCUCAUCCGGUAUGGCUCCAUCAUCUUCCUGCACGUGGGGACCUCGGUGGAGAGCUCGCUGGACCUGACCAAGGCCGUCACUGUGCUCAACACCAUCAUCACCCCGGUGCUGAAGCCCUUCAGCUACACCUUGAGGAACGAGGAUGUCAAGGAGGCUGUGCGGGGCGGGGUGCGGGGGACUUGA